AUGAGCACCUCCGACAUGGCCGUCGACGUUGCCACGUCGGUCUCCAACAGCACGCAGAGUUCAGAUGUUGAAAUGAAGGCUGUAUCCCCAAAAGCUGAAAGCGAAGCCUACACUUUGAUAGGGCCAAGAAAAGCCGCGAAGAAGCCUGUAGCUGUGGACGACGAUGAGCCCCUUGUUGAUACGACCGAAUCGAUACCCCUCAAGUCCAAAAAGACCGAGCGGAUGCAGAAGCGACAACAGAAGAAACUCAAGAAGACUACUGUGACGUCCGAGACGAAAUCUUUCCUAGAGCUGCCUCCCGAGUUACUGCAAGAAGUCCUCAGUUAUCUCCGACCAAGUGACAUUUUCAGAUUACUGCGGCUGAACAAAUCCACGAGAGAUUUUAUUAUGGACAACGAGGACCUAAUCGCAAAGGACAUCAUCCUGCACAGAUACCACACUCUUGCUCGAAGCUUUCACCUACCGGUCCCUCUUGCACAGGUCGAUCCCACCGCACAAGCUGCACUCUUGAGCAAGAACUGGCAGGAUAGGUUGCAGAUCCAUAAGAAGCCAUACCAACACGUGCGAGUCAUUGAUCCGGCCAAAGUCUGUACCUGCAUGUCCUGUAUGCUUUCGUGGAACAACCUUAAUGUUGUUCUCGACCUGGCCUUCUUCCAGCGGCACCUCAACAAUCGCGACCCGAUUCCAAUGAUCCCACGUGGUACCUAUCCUGAGUGGAACCGCAAAUUGGUCGAGCGAAAUGCAUCCAUAGUCGAGAAGGCGAUGCGAAGCCCGCUGCACUACGCCGCAAUACUGCAAAUCCACCUCACCACCCUUGUGGGCACUCUCACACGCCAAGUUCGAGUGGGCAAGAAGACAUGCCACCCUCGACGCCUCUUCCACCUCUCGACGGCCGACAUUGAGUCUGGGACGGACCGUUUCCUCGAGCGCAGUGGUCCGCCUUCAUACGAGUUUCCCUUCCACCGAGACAACUACUAUUCUCUCGAAGCCUACGUCCCAAACAGAAAGUGGGAUCGCGAGGACCAGGUUUGGCUAUAUGCAAGCCCAGGAAAGCCGCAUGAUAAUGACCUCUCUUGGGUUGUGGCUCGCUUUCAGCCUGACCUAUCCCCGGAACAGGGCUUGGGUCAGUUUGUAGCAGAGUUCGCCGAACAGCUGCGCGCAUCGUAG